GUGUGGUGUGCGGGGCGUGGGGCAUGGGCUGGAGAGGGAGUUAAUGAUUUGCCACAGGUUCAUUUCGCAACUUACCAAGGGUCAGCUUCCUGUGACCUUGUACCAGCUGAGUCCUCUGGGUCACGCUCCACUUGCCUGCUUCCACCAGAAAGGCCCCCCCAGGCUGAGUGCGGCAUGAUCUCCAUCACCGAAUGGCAGAAGAUUGGAGCGGGCGUUACUGGUUUCGGCAUCUUCUUCAUCCUCUUUGGAACCCUCCUGUACUUUGAUUCCGUGCUCCUGGCCUUUGGAAACCUGCUGUUCCUGACGGGCCUCUCCCUCAUCAUCGGCCUGAAGAAGACCUUUUGGUUCUUCUUCCAGCGGCACAAGCUCAAGGGAACCAGCUUCUUCUUGGGUGGUGUGGUUAUCGUGCUCCUACGCUGGCCCCUCCUCGGCAUGUUCCUGGAAAUCUACGGAUUCUUCAGCCUGUUCAAGGGCUUUUUCCCUGUGGCCUUCAGCUUCCUGGGAAAUGUCUACAACAUCCCUUUCCUGAGUGAGCUGUUCCGGAGACUUCAAGGCACUAGCUCGAUGGUCUGAACAACAGAGAUGAGCUCCUUGAACUUGGAUCAUUGGUUGAGGGGGCUGGAGGGAGAAUGGGAACCACUCCCUCAGUCCCCAGCACUGACUCACACCCCAUCGUAUCCGGACCGCCCCAAGUCCAGAAGGAAGAAUGGAGCUGAACGACUGACCUCAAAUCCCCAAGUCGAGUCAAGAGGCUGCCAAGACUGUUGGAAGCAGAGGUGCAGAGACCCAAGGAGACUGGGCUGGGGCCAACAUCACACCCCCACUCUAUAUUUAUGGGAGGAAAAGUGAAGAUUAAAUUCCCAAGCUGUGCGUGUGUCU